CGGUGUGCGCAGCUCUUCGGGGGAAGUGGUGGGCGUUUCUCCGUCUUCUUUCUCUUGACUGUUGAUGCCGAGACGGUUUUUUCUCCUCCACGACCAGCUCUCCCGAUGUUUCUCCCUACGCUCGUAGAGGACAUGCAUCAUUUUAAGCCCAGUCGAGACAGACUGUACACCACCAGGUGUUGCGGGUGUUGCCAUGUCCGGACGGGGACCAUCAUCCUGGGGACAUGGUACAUGGUCGUCAACCUGUUGAUGGGCAUCCUGCUGACCGUCGCUGUGACCCACCCAGAGAACGUCCCCACCAUCGACCUGCAGUAUGAGGUCAUUGACCAUUACUUUGCCUCCGACAGGAUGUCCGAAAACGCGUGUGUUGGAUUCGCCAUCUCUCUGCUGAUGCUCACCAUCAGUGCCAUGAUGGUGUAUGGAGCCAUUACUCAUCGUGACGGCUGGCUCAUCCCGUUUUUCUGCUACCAGUUGUUUGACUUUGCUCUGAGCUGCCUGGUGGCCAUCAGCUCCCUCACCUACCUGCCCAGGAUCAGGGACUACCUGGACCAGCUGCCGGAUUUCCCGUACAAAGACAACCUGCUGUCUCUGAACUCCAGCUGCCUGCUGCUCUUUGUGCUGGUUUUCUUCGCCUUCCUCAUCAUCCUCAAGGCCUACUUGAUCAACUGUGUGUGGAACUGCUACAAGUACAUCAACAACAGGAACAUGCCAGAGAUCGCCGUGUACCCUGCCUUCGAGACCCCUCCCCAGUACAUCCUGCCCACUUACGAGAUGGCCAUGAAGAUGCCAGAGAAGGAGCCGCCUCCCCCUUACAUGCCAGCCUAAGCACACCAGCCCUUUUGCCAAAACACACACACGCACGCGCACACACACACACACACACACACACACACAGCCAUCAUAUGCAUUCCUACGUUCCCCCACUAGCCCUCUCCUGAACACCGCCACGCCCUCGUCCCUCUGACCUGCUGUCUAUGUGUCAGGCCGCUGAAGACGUUCUGUUCGACCCUCCUGCCGUGUUUCUAUAGAGAGUCUAUAGCAGAUCCUGUGAGAGGAGGAAGAUGUGUGAAGAUGAAUGAGUGAGUGAAUGUGAUGUUUGAAAAGCAACAGAGGCCUCCCCCUCCCCUCCCCCGACCCCUCCUCCCACCUCUGGCCUUUUUUAUGUCUUAGUAAAAGGGAUAUAUGUGAAAAUUAAACUGCUUGAAAUGCUCUCAUCGAUCCAGCACCACCAUCCCAUCGAUAGAUUGAUAUAUGAAGUGUAAAAAACAAAACAAACUAUGACAAUCCACGUAUUCUAGCUCUUAUUGUUGACUUGUGUUUGCCCCCGAUUAUGAAGCCCUGUUCUUUCUCAGUCUUGAAUGGAGUCUGUAGCACUUUUUUGUCGGUUAUUUAUUUAGCUUCGCUGUGGUUCGGUUCGCCGCUCUCUGCUUCGUGUCAGCACAAGCCGGUGACACGGCCGUGACGGAGAGAGGGCGCCGACGGUGGGCCGUCUUCUCCGCUUGCUUCUCGCCCGACAUCUGAAGCAAACGGUUCGUCUCGUGAACAUUAGUUGUUGCAUGCUUAUCAGCGCCGCCUCCUCCCAUUACUUUACUGGUAAUAUGAUUUUAUCCUAGUGGAAAAUACAUUUGACUUCAAUAAACGGUUCAGAACAAA